AUGCCGGUUUCAUUUCGACCGCCCUGUCGAUGCGAGGCGUUGGCGAGCACCAUUGUUGCUUUGUCAGGCACGGGAGAUUUCACCCCACUUCCUGCGUUUAUCGCACUCUGGCUUGCCCGUUCUCGUGGUCUUCCACUUUCGUUGACCCUCGCGGCACCUUCGGGUUAUAACGACAAACCAAAAUAUCAUGCCCACGCAUCCAAAAUGUUCGAUUUAUUCUCGAAUGAGAUGCAUCGAUGGCGCACGAUUGCAUUCACUUUGAACGAUAAUCUCGCACGCCAAUUUAUCGCCACGGCUGAUUCCAAGGCGCAAAUUUUAGAGGAACUUGAAUUGGUCUUUGAAGGACCUAGCAGUACAAGUGCUGAGGUCUCCGCUCUACUUCCAUCCUUGCCUAAGCUUCGCCACCUAUCAUGGUACGGAAACCUGUCGGCAAUGUCUUUGCAAAACAUACCAUUCUAUCGGCUAACGCACAUCUACAUCACGUCACGUAACUCCGUGCAGGACGUAAUAACCUGCCUUUCGCAAUGCGCAAUGGCGUUGAAAAUACGCUGGCACUUUGUUAAAUGUGGGCAUUCGUCGGAUGUUUUCGGACUACCGCAAACAACACUUUUUCAUCUACAAUCGCUUGAUCUGGAAGGAACUGGGAAUCUCGCCCAUAUCCUAUCAAAGCUUACUCUGCCAUCCCUGAAAUAUCUGUGCAUGGCAACAGGUUCCGAGACGCAGUACCACGGGCUGCUCGAGGAUUUUUUCAAUAGGUCCUCCUGCCCUCUGCAAAAAUUCAUCCUUGUGGACGAUUGUAUCGACCAGGAAAGCGUUAUCAAGUAUUUGUCUAUUCCUUUUCUGGAAACCAUCCCGGAUAUAGAGGUUUACUUAGGGGGAGGAUGGCAGAAUGAUGUCCUUCAGAAAAUGCAGGAGGUUAAGGAUUCCCAAGAUACGCCUACGUUUCGCCGACUUCAGAUUAGCUACCCCACCUGCAACCCAGCAUUCACCUGGAAAUGUGAAAUUGCUUCACAGGUCUCAAGUAGACUUUUUGAACUUCUUCGAUCUUCAAACCCCAUAACAUGCCGAGUCUGA